AUGGCAAGGGGCAAGCGAAGACCCAGACGACUUAGUCCAAGUGCUAUCCAGACCGUGAUCGCGUCUCAAGUCGAUGUUCUAUUUGAUUGACUCCUGCUCUGCUUAGACUUUAAGCCACUUCGACCCGACUUCGAUUCAGCUUCAGAUCGGGCAUUUCCAUGGCGAAGAAACCAUCUUCUUCAAGUUCCUCGCUUAGCAGUAGAGGGGGAUGGAGAUACCUCCACCCCACAUACUACCUCAAAAGGCCCAAACGCCUGGCACUCGUUAUCUUCGCCUUCGUCGCCGUCACUUGCCUCUUCUGGGACCGCCAAACCCUCUCCAGAGACCACGAGGCAGAAGUGGGGAGAUUAAAUGAAGAAGUUAUCAGCUUGCAAAAUCAGAUAGAAGAAUUGAAGAGUCAACUAAAAGGUUCUGGUGUUGCCUUUAAGGACAAUAAAAGGAUUUACGAGGAUGAUCCUGUUAGCAUUGAACGAAGAGAGAAAGUUAAAGAAGCUAUGCUUCAUGCUUGGACUUCCUAUGAGAAGUAUGCUUGGGGCAAGGACGAACUUCAGCCACAAACAAAGGAUGGUGUUGAUAGCUUUGGUGGUCUUGGAGCAACUCUGAUAGAUUCUCUUGAUACUUUAUAUAUAAUGGGUCUUCAGGAGCAGUUCCAAAGAGCUAGAGAGUGGGUUGCAAAUUCAUUGGAUUUCAAUAAGGAUUAUGAGGCUAGUGUUUUUGAGACAACCAUAAGAGUUUUAGGUGGCCUUCUUAGUGCAUAUGAUCUCUCUGGAGACAAUGUUUUCCUUGAAAAGGCUAGAGAUAUUGCUGACAGGUUGCUGCCUGCAUGGAAUACACCAUCUGGAAUUCCGUAUAACAGAAUUAACUUGAGAAAUGGGGGUCCACAUAACCCCGGGUGGACGGGAGGAAACAGUAUCCUGGCAGACUCUGGAACAGAGCAGCUUGAACUUAUUGCUCUAUCUCAAAGGACAAAAGACCCAAAGUACCAGCAGAAGGCAGAGAAUGUCAUCAAAGAACUGCGUAAAAUUUUUCCUGAUGAUGGGUUACUCCCUAUAUUCAUUAAUCCUCACACUGGAACAACAGCUUAUUCAACAAUAACAUUUGGUGCCAUGGGCGAUAGCUUUUAUGAGUACCUACUCAAGGUAUGGAUACAAGGGAACAAAACAGAAGCUGUAAAACAUUACAGGGAAAUGUGGGAGAUAUCGAUGAAAGGUUUUCAGAGCUUGAUCCGAAGAACAAGACCAUCCUCUUUUGCUUACCUAUGUGAGAAGACUGGAGAUUCGUUGACUGAUAAGAUGGAUGAACUAGCAUGCUUUGCUCCUGGAAUGUUGGCUUUAGGAUCUUUUGGUUAUGGUCCUGAAGAAGCUGAGAAGUUUCUAUCACUUGCAGGAGAGCUUGCAUGGACUUGCUAUAAUUUUUAUCAGUCAACACCUACGAAAUUAGCUGGAGAGAACUAUUUCUUCCAUUCUGGAGAGUAUAUGAGUGUUGGUACCUCAUGGAAUAUUUUGAGGCCUGAGACUGUUGAGUCACUCUUUUACCUCUGGCGUCUCACCGGUAACAAGACAUACCAGGAAUGGGCUUGGAAUAUCUUCCAAGCAUUUGAGAGGAACUCCCGCAUAGAGACGGGAUAUGUUGGACUUAAAGAUGUUACGACAGGCUCCAAAGACAACAUGAUGCAAAGCUUCUUUCUUGCAGAGACACUCAAGUAUCUUUACCUCCUUUUUUCGCCUCCAUCUGUUAUCUCUCUGGAUGAAUGGGUGUUUAAUACGGAGGCUCAUCCUUUAAAAAUUGUCACUCGAGGUCCUGAUGAAGAGAAACCCCAGGUGGAUGGACAGAAAUUACCAAUUCGGUCCCAUGGUAGGAAAGUGGGUCGAUUGGGGUAUGAUUAGCCCCGAAGUGCUCAUCCUUAUAAGAUCAGUCAACACCCCACUUCUCAUAUAUCCAAGGUAUUUAUGUUCGAGCCAUAACUUUCAUUAUUUAGUCCUGAUAAUUCACUGAUCUCGAGAGACAAAGGAAUAGCAUCAAAUGCAUGGUUACGACAGAGUAUGUUCUGGAUCUCAUUGCUUUGUGGCAAUAUACUGUUUAUUAGUGAUUACAGUCACUGCUUGCAUGAUUGAGGGAAUAUGCAAGACUGAUACGUGACAGAGCUUUGCAGCAGUAGGACCACAACCCAUAAAGAAAAUAGUUAGAUUUGUAGUUGUAAAACCAAUUUAUACAUCAGUCAAAGACUAGAGAACCAAAUAUUAUGAUACUUGUGUGACGGGAUAUUUGAUAUUAAAAUUAGAGUUGUUAAAUUGAGGAUGCAAAGUUUGAUUUUCUGAUUUAGUUUUCGUACUAGCAUCUGGACCGAAAAUUGUCUAUUCUUCUUAGUUCAAAGGAUGAUUAAAGGGGCAAUUUAGUU